AUGCCGGGGCUGCGGUGCAAGGGCGGCGGCAAGCCGGGCACCAGCGACGCCUACACCAUCAUCCAGCUGGGCCGCGAGAAGUACAGCACCUCGGUGGCCGAGAAGAGCACCGGCAACCCCGAUGGGCGUGAGGAGUGCGCCUUCGAGCUGCCCCCCGAGCUGGGCGCCCCGGCCCGCGGUGGCCUGGUGCUCACCGUCAUGCACCGGGCCCUGGUGGGCAUGGACCGCUUCCUGGGCCAGGCCCUGGUGCCCCUGGAGCCCACCCUGCAGCAGGGCCGCGCGCCCGACGAGCGGUGGCACAAGCUACACUCCAAGGCUGGGAAGAAGGAGAAGGAGCGUGGUGAGAUCCUGGUGAGCAUCCAGUUUACGCGCAACAACCUCACGGCCAGCAUGUUCGACCUGUCCAUGAAGGACAAGCCGCGGUCGCCCUUCGGCAAGCUGAAGGACAAGAUGAAAGGCAAGAAGAAAUACGACUUGGAGUCGGCUUCUGCCAUCAUCCCCAGCAGCAUGGGCGCCCUCGACAUGGAGGAUGACUACGACAUCGGGGGCAAGAAGUCCAAAGUCAAGGGCUUCUUCUUGAAGAACAAGCUGCGCAAGUCAUCCCUGACGCAAUCCAACACCUCCCUGGGAUCUGACAGCACCAUCUCUUCUGCCAGCCUGGGCUUGGCUGCAAAUGUUCCCGAGGUAACCAAAUCCCCGAGCAGACACAGCAGUCUGUCCACGGAGCGCUCUGUGAAAGACUACUUGCCAUCUCCAAAGCUGACCCACAAGAGAGCAUUCAGUGACGAUGUCUCCCAAGUCAGCCCGGUCCUGGAGCCCAAAGCAAUCCAAAGCCUGAAGCCAAAGAACGAUCCCGUGUCCCGGUCUUCCCUCUGCAUCAACGGGAGCCACGUUUACAGCGAUGAACCUGCACCAAAGAGCCCCGUGUCUGUCCCGCAGAGCUCUGCGCCGCUGUCCGUGCCCAGCGUCCCCAGACGGCAGGAGGAGGGCUUCGGCUUCACUCCCCUCCAUCCCGACUUCCACGAGGUGCCUUGGGGGAUCAGCAACUUUGAGAGGACACAGCAGAGAGACGAGCCCAGGUUCAUCCCGUCUCCUCCCAGCUUAGCCUUGCAAGAAGAGCUCAAGGUCUCCACGAAAGCCGUCACUCUCAGUAACCAUCUGGGCAGAGCCAAGAUGGAAGAAAACAGUCGCUUAGAGAACAAGCCGACUCAAGCUGCAACACCCAUGGUCUUCUCCACGGAAACGACGAAGGACAAACAACCUGAGGAAACGAGGAAGGAAGACAAGAAGGCGAAGGGCGGCCUCUUCCACCACGGGGGCAACAAGAGUGACGUGGGGAGCAAAGGCCAGGGGGAGAAAGUGGGAUUCUCCCACGACUCGUCCGUCCACGCGACGGCAGGGGGAGAUGAGAGGAAUAAAACCAGCGGCUGGUUCAGUUCAAAGGAGCCCAAAGAAUCCCCUCAGAAACCCAGUCCUCACCCAGUGAAACCCAUCAGCACUGCGGUGCAAGAGGUCUCCAGCGAGAAGAAGCAGCAGCACAGGUCCAGCCUGACGACCGCUCUGAGCAACGGCCUAGAGAAGCUGAAGACAGUCACCACGAGCAGCGUCCAGCCUGUGGCCCCAUCCUCUCACCUGGAGAAAACAGACUCAAAGAAGUUAAAGGAUCCCACCGUACUGGACCAGUCAGCUAAGUAUUAUCACUUGACCCACGAUGAACUCAUCCAGCUCCUGCUGCAGAGAGAGAAGGAGCUGAGCAAGAAGGAGGAGCACAUCCAUGAACUGGAGAACUACAUUGACCAGCUGCUGGUGCGCAUCAUGGAACAGUCUCCCACGCUCCUCCAGAUCCCGCUGGGGGAAAGCAAGACCAAGUAACCUCUCUCCAGAGACCAGCAUCACUUGCCUAGAGCACUUCUCCAAUAAACAGGCUGCAAACAUCCCUGCACUCCCCCCUGCUCUUACAAGAGGGCUCCAGUGGCUUCUGUUCGCAGAGUUUAGCAGGAAAGGUUAUCUGCUCCUUCCCAGCCCAAGCUUAUCCCAGCUCUGGCUCCAGGGAACUAUAGGGUGGCGGGUUGUCAUCCACCCUGUGGGGAGGAGCAGAGCCUUCCACACGAGGCAGAGGCCUUCUUAGGUUCCUGUUGUUGUGACCAAGUGGCCUCUUCUCAGGCACUCAUCCUGCCAAUGCUUUAAGUGGUCCAUGGACAUUUGAGAGCUGGAAACCAACCUCCUCGCCCAUGGCUUCAUCCUGCUACUGCUGCUCUUCUGCCCACGCUCCACAUCUCUUUUCUCUGAAGUGGUGUACCCUGGCUGAUGGAUGAUGUUAAAUUGGUUGAUGACAUCGGUGAUGCUUAAACUCAGUACGGGUCUACCACCGAGUUACUGUCCCCUGAGCCUGCUCGGCAGGGCAGCUAGGGGAAGGGGCUACUGUUGGAUGCCUCUUUCCCUUCCUGCCCCAUAUGUUGUACCCCCAAAUGAAGAGUCUUCGUCUGAAGAGCCAGCUCCAAGUUGUGCCAGUAUCUGACCGUAUGGGAGAUGCUACACAAAGCGACAGCGCCGGGGUCGGAGGCCGUAAAGGACUCAAGCCGACGUCACUGCCUGAUUGUGAGCGGUGCCGAUUCCUUCGCUGUGUGCAUGCAUAGUCUCGAUGCUGCCUCAGUUACCCAGCUCAAAACUGAACUUGCAAUACGGGAGAAGGGCCAGUGAUGGUUUGUGCACCAUCAGUACUGCAGGAGACCUUCUCGCACGCCACCCAACCUGUCACCGGGCUGGCUGGCACCAGUGUGCCCUGGGGGGGACUCCUGUAUGUAUAAACCACAGCUGAAUUUUCUACUCAGUAUUACACUCCCUCUUUCCUGCGUCCACAGGAAUUGCUUUCCACUGGCUGUCCCCCCCACCAUUGACUUUCUGUCAUCUUUCUCAAUGCAACAGGAAAAUGCCAUUGGGACCGAAGCUCGUGUGCAGAGAAGGAGGUCUGACCGCCUGGCCACCUCUAUGCAUGACAUCCUGCUAGGUCAGGCAGCUGUCAAACACUCUCUGUCAAAGCUAGCAAUUCAGUAAUCGUCGUAGACCCCCUUCAAGCCAGUAUUAGUGCCAAACACCGCUUGAAUCGUAUCACAUACACAUGCCAGCGUCAGCUCUCUGGCGGCUUGGGCCCACCCUUAGGCAUUGUAGGCCACCUCUCUCGGGAGUUGAAUGCUUCUUGCUGCUAACUGUUGAGUGACCGUCCAAAGGCCUCUGAUUUAUGCGGUUUAACAACCGUGGAUAGUGUUAGCCUGAGGCUGGUGAGCGAUGCUCCUGGCCACACCGGAGUACAGCGCAGCUUUUGAUUUGGAGAUGCUGUGGAAGGAUACAGAAAGGAUGUUGCUCCCUCUCGUUCUGCCAGGAUUUUGACUAGAGAAGGUGCCCGUGCGGGCGGAGGGUCGGUUGGCGUGGGACUUGAGCUGUCUUGACAUGUAAGGCAUCUUCUCUCUCCUGUACAUCUCCCAAAGUUACUGGAUUCUUUUAAAACCUUCGUAUUGUAUACCAUGACUUUGAAAAAUCGUGCCUUUUGCAAUAGGAUGAUAGCAGUUUCCUACCAAAAAAGGCUCUGAAAUCCAAUUCUCAGUUCAGCGCAGCCCAUCUUGGGCAGCUUUCUCUUCCGUUUGCCUGCUAAUCUGAACUAGGGUUAUUUUUAAACGCAGACAGCAGAGCCUUCCCAUCCCCGUGUGUGCAGGUUGCUUUUGGUCUUUGGCAGGAGUGCUGCACGGGCAGCUCACGUGACACGGGAGGCAGAGAUAUUAAGAGAUGACACUGGAGGAAGAGCAGGCCAAAUGUUCCAAGACAAAAUAUGGCCGGAUAAAGACAAUAUUGGGUCAUGCUCGAAGUCUGAGGUUGGAGAAAGUAGGCUGUCAGAGUAAGAGGUAUCAGGUGAAGAGGAGAUUUGGCGUUGCUGUCACUGACAACGUUUGGUCAUAUCUAGCCUGUAGACCAUCACAGGAGAAGGAGGAUUUGUCACCUGGGAAGAUACUGGCUACGAGCCUUUAGUUCCUACCUGCCUUCGCCCCUCGUAGGAAGUAAUCUGGGGUUUCGCACUUCUCUACUUGCGUCUUCAUGUUCCUCCUCCCUCUGUGUGUCUCAGGUGCAGGGACUUUGUUUCUGGUGUACAAUGUGAGGGUCUGAGGGAAGGUGUUUCUCUCUCCUUAUAGAACAGUACCAGAAACAUCUCUCUGCCUGUAUAAUCAAAAGAUCCUAUGGCCUGAGAGCAGCGUUCCUUUUCUGGGUGGAUAUCUCUCGUGGAGAAGCCCUCCCUUUUAUCUGAAAGCAGGCAGGGAGGAGUUGUGGACAGCCAGAAAGCAGUCCAGCGUCAGAAGAGCGGCGUGGCGCGGGCAGGAGGGCCGGGAGAAGGGGCAGCCCUGCUGACCGGUGGGGAUGCUGAGCGGUGAAGGCUUAUGUCAAGCGGGCAUUAGUAAGGGGGAGGCGUAGAGCUGAAAUCUCACACGAAGGCCAGUGGCUCACGCUGGCUCUCCGCUCCCUGAAAAAUAGCUGCUUCCUGGGACUUCUCCCCCGUCACCGAUCGGCGUCGUAGGUGCUCCCCACACACAAGUGCCAAUGUUUAUAAGGAUCUUGCUGCACCUCCUCCCUGCCUUCUCCCCCUCCCUUCCAUCGCGUUUCACCGCCUCCCUAAUCCCCCCUCUGCCUUAGUCAGCUCUGCCUUUUUUUUCUCUCCAAAGCUUGAAUGUUUUGCACUUUAUAUAUUCAAGUUAAUCUCAGAGCUACAGCAGGCUGUAUCGGGUGUACGGCCUUUUCAGCAAUACGUGCUUCCUCCCGUGUCCUGCCUCCGUUGCAGCGGCGCACCACAGUCCCCGAAAUGCCUUCCACCGCAGGAGCCCGUGCCGUCUCGGAGGAGGCUGGAGCAAGCAGGGCUAAAAUGUUCUCGCCUUGACUUUGCGAUAGCAGAGCAUCUCCAAAGGCUGAGGCAGGGGUACGGCACGGGUACCUUGGCAUCGCACAUGAGACGGGGGGCUAUGGAAAAAAAACAAGCGGUGAGGACAGCCAAGGCUGCCCUGAUGUUUCGUGUCUGUCCUCGAGCGUUCAGAAGUCCAGAGCUCUCUACAAAUGACGACUUGUGCUUAGGAAAAGGCAUCUUAAAGAUGCUUCUGUCUUCGUUCUCUGUUUCUCCACCCCGCUGUCCUGCAAGUGUGGGGUUUUUUCCCCCACCACACAGUUUUUAUUCUCUGAAUAAGAGCAAGCAAGUUUCGCUACGCCACACAACAGCACUGAAGCCGGAGUCUGCAUAAUUUUUUUGUUAAAACCUCUAAGUUACCAAUGGGAAAUGGUUUUGAGGACCUAGAUGUUUUCUCGUAGAGGGGGGGAUGAGAAAAAGAAGCGGGGGAAACGUUCUCAAGUUGCUCAUGUCCCGAAUCUCCAUAUUUAGCGAUUUAUUUGCAAAAAUAGGGAGGCGAGCAGCACUUCUGGUCAGUGUGCAGGGUAACACUCCGAGGUCUGUCGCUCUUUGCUGAACCAAGCAGACGAAAGGGUUUUGAUGGGCCAGCAGCAGCUUUUCACUGGUUCCGUUUUAAACACGGCCAUAACAAUUACUCUGGAUUUUUCUUUUGCCUCCUGGUCUUGUCUUUCUCUUUCAGUGCUCGAGCUGUUUCACAAGGUCUUCCGCAGGGUGCUGUUCCUCACAGCUGUGCUCUGCUUUUGUUGUCAGCCCACAACUGGGUUUCUUGCUUUUUAAGAACUCUGGCCAAGUGAUUUAUUUUUGCCUUGACUGGCCCUUCUGGCCCAGAGUCAUGGGCCAGAAGAACCGCCAAGGUAUAUCCUUAAACUGGAACUAAACCUGAAGGGAUGCGGAUACUGAAGUGUCACGUAGACUCAGCCUUAUGACUUGUCUGUGAAGAAACCGCCGUGUGUUUCGUGUUAUAAACGUGGGGUGGAAAAACAUCCCAAAACGGGAGAGAGAAGCGUCAGGGUUUUCGGAGUUGUUGAUUUCCCUGUACUUCACGUUCGCAGGAAGUGGGUUCUGUGUGUUUCGUGUUUUAAUAGUUGCAACUAAUGUUUAUAAAGAGCUUGUUAU